AUGCCUUAUAAGUAUUAUCAUGGUCGAACAGGCAAAAUUUUUGGUGUCACAAAAUCCUCAGUAAACGUUCUUGUAUAUAAACGUACUGGCCAUCGAUGUAUCGCUAAACGUCUUAAUAUUCGUGUUGAACAUGUUCGUCAUUCUAAAUGCAGGGAUGAUUUUAUACAGCGUGUUAAACAGAAUGCACGAUUACGUCAACAAGCACGUGAGAAAGGAGAAUAUAUAUGCUUAAAGCGACAACCGAAAGGACCUCAACCUGCACAUGUAGUAACUGUUGAUUCAUUACCAGAAACUCCUACUAAUUACGACACUUUAUCAGCAGCCGCGCCAGUAGUUGUGCCACCUUCGGCUCAUUUCCUGGCAGGCGGCUGUGCAGGAAUGAUCGCAGCUAUUUGUACAUCUCCUUUGGAUAUUAUUAAAACUCGUCUUCAAAGUGAACAUCGUUUUUAUCGUUCACCAGCCUUUUCAGCAUUUUCGUCCUACGGAAUACGUUUAUUUCCAGCUUAUCAUCUUUUUAUCAAUAUUUAUCAUAUCGAAGGAAGUUCUGGUUUCUUUAAAGGAUUAGGACCUAAUCUUAUUGGAGUUGUUCCAGCCAGGCAUUUAUCCAAAGCAAUUCACUUUUAUACAUAUGAAAAUACUAAAAAGAUUUUUGUAAAAUAUUUUAAUAACAAUGAAUCAAGUUGGAUCCACAUAAUGUCAGCGAUUUCAGCAGGAAUAGUUACAUCUACAAUAACAAAUCCUAUUUGGAUGAUUAAAACACGCCUACAACUUGAUAAAGCACCAAUAAAAACGUAUCGAAAUACAUGGGAUUGUAUAAAAAAGACGAUCCAGAAAGAAGGGUUUUAUAGUUUAUACCGAGGAAUGAGCGCUUCGUACUUAGGAGUAUCAGAAAGUACAAUCCAAUGGGUUCUUUAUGAACGAUUUAAGAAACAAAUUGCUGAAAAACAAAAAUCAUCUAGAUGGAUAGACCCUUUAGUAGCAGCUGGAACUGCAAAACUUAUUGCAACAAUUCUUACAUAUCCUCAUGAAGUUGUAAGAACGAGAUUACGCCAAUUUCCUGCUCGAAAUGGAUAUAUAAAGUAUAAAGGAUUAAUGCAAUGUUUUUGCUUAAUAUGGAGAGAAGAAGGUAUUUCUGCAUUAUAUGGAGGACUUGUUGUACAUCUUUUGCGUGUCAUACCGAAUGCUGCUAUUAUGUUUGGCUCAUAUGAGCUUAUUAUGAGUUUUUUUAUAAACAGAUAA